AUGCCCAAAUUGCAAGCUGCAACAGUAUCCAACAAAGUCGUACGCAAGAGGAAGAGAAAGAGCCAGGACGAACAAGAACAAGUAGAAGCCGAGCCCGCCAACACACAAGACUCUACGACAAGCACCACAACAGUUCCGACCAAGACACAAGAUGGAGGCAAGAAACCGAAGCGGACGCCCAAGGCCAAGGGUGCACCACCCAGCCUGUCUAGGAAGGGGUCUUCCAUGGUAGAGACGACGAUACCUUGGCCCGAGGAGUUCACCAAACUAGGCCAAGUCCACCGAGCUCUGAAUCUGGUUUACACCUUCUGCUGCACGCGCAAACAUCUGGCCACCACCUUUGAGACCAUAAGGACUACUGUCGAAUCGCACAUUGGCCGCGAGCUAUCCAUACAAGAUGUCGCCAAGAUCAAGGCCCUCAUACCGCGUUCGAUCAACUUUGCAUACAUCGAUGAAGACCUACUGCAGGUAAAUCUCAUGGGCGAGCAAGAGAAUUCGAAGAACAAAAGAUUCGAAGGUUACAUGGCCUCGGAGCCAACAGAAGACAAGCAAGAGAAAGGAAACAAAGAGGUCUUGUUAUUCGAGUACAUUGACGGAGAUCUGAAACGUCAAGUACAGCACAACAAGACUGGUGAACCUACAAAAGCAACGCGGAAGCUCAAAGAUGAGGAUCUCAAGAUGCCUGUAUACAGCCAGAAGCAGAUGAUGAACUUGAUCGAGAAGAGAAACAACAAGUUUACGUCUGCAGUAAACGCCUGGCUGAACGAGUGCGACGCAGAGGGCAUGAACCCAGUAGAGAAACUGGACAUCGAGCACAACCUGAACAUACCCGCGCCCUCGGAAAGCAGAGGAAACACACCAACUCCUGAGAAGCGAAGAGCAUUGCUGCCCAAAUCAAUCCCCGACGAACGCAAGACUAUCCCUGAGAUUGUAUCUGAGAUCAAGACCCUGGAGUGGUAUACUGGUCAGAUAGUGCCAGAUGGUCAUCGUGUUUUCGAUCCCCAGCCUGCCAUAUAUGGCGAUCUGAAUUUCGAGCUGUCGCAGACGCUUGUCAAUGCACUCUACAAUACUCGCGGUAUCACUCAGUUGUACUCGCAUCAAGCAGAGGCUAUCAACAAUUUGUACGACGGUCACAAUGUCAUUGUCUCGACAUCAACAAGUUCGGGAAAGUCCUUGAUCUAUCAAAUACCGGUCUUGCAUGAGCUUGAAAAGAACAAGCAAGCUAGAGCCAUGUAUAUCUUUCCCACCAAAGCCCUGGCCCAAGAUCAAAGACGUAGUCUCAAAGAUCUCCUGCAAUAUAUGGAGGGACUAGAAGAUUUGGUUGUGGAGACUUUCGACGGUGAUACACAAAUGUGCGAUCGAAAUUUGAUUCGAGAUGAAGGAAGCAUCAUCUUCACCAACCCAGACAUGUUACACAUUACCAUUCUACCACAAGAAGAAGCCUGGAGAACUUUUCUGCAAAAUCUACGUUUUGUGGUCGUGGACGAACUUCACGUCUACAACGGUCUUUUUGGAGCACACGUAGCUCUGAUCAUGCGUCGUCUGCGUAGGAUCUGUGCUGCAGUGGGAAACCGCCAUAUCAAGUUCAUCUCUUGUUCAGCUACUGUUGCAAACCCCGAAGAACACAUGAAAACCAUCUUUGGUGUGGAGCAAGUCAGACUUACAGAUUUCGACGGUUCUCCCUCUGGUAGGAAAGAAUUCCUCUGUUGGAAUACACCAUUCAAGGAUCCAGCAGAUCCGACUUCUGGUAGAGGUGACGCUUUAGCGGAAGCUGCGAAGCUAUUCUGUCAGCUCAUUCUGCGAGGCGUACGCGUCAUUGCGUUUUGCAGGGUGCGAAAACAGUGUGAAGCAUUGAUCGGAGCCGUCAAGAACGAACUGGCAUACUUGGAUAAACAGGAGGUCAUGGCAAGAGUCAUGUCCUAUCGUGGCGGUUACGCUCCUCAAGAUCGACGAAAGAUCGAAAAGGAAAUGUUCGAUGGGAAACUCGUUGGAAUCGUGGCGACCAGUGCGCUGGAGCUUGGUAUUGACAUUGGCUCUCUUGAUGCGGUCAUGACUUGUGGUUUCCCAUACACGAUCGCCAACCUUCGUCAACAGAGCGGUCGAGCUGGUCGCAGGAACAAGGACUCGAUGUCUGUACUUGUCGGAGACUCCUUCCCAACUGAUCAGCAUUACAUGCAAAACCCAGACGAGAUCUUCACGAAGCCAAACUGUCAGUUACAGGUUGAUCUUGAGAAUAUGCUUGUACUUGAGGGGCACGUGCAAUGUGCGGCCAAUGAGAUGCCGAUCCAGCCCAAAGAGGACGAGGUGUACUUUGGCAAGCUCUUGACGGACAUUGCAAGGGACCGGAUGAGAAGAGACGAUCUUGGCUUCUUCCAUACCGCCGACCGCUUCCUCCCUCGACCUUCGACUUUUGUGGCGAUCCGCGACACUGAGGAAGAUCACUUUGCCAUCGUUGACAUUACUCAUGGACGCAACGUCGUUCUCGAAGAGCUCGAGGCCUCACGUGCAUUCUUCACCAUCUACGAGGGAGGCAUCUACCUACACCAAGGAAACAAAUACCUGGUCAAAGAAAUGUCAACAGACAGAAUGAUGGCCCGAGUCGAAUUCGUACGCGUGGAAUGGACGACCCAACAACGCGACUUCACAGACAUCGACCCCAUCGAAACCGAAGCCAUUCGCAAAAUCUCAAAGUCGCUGUCGCGAGCAUACUACGGCACAAUCAGAAUCACCCAAGUGGUGUUUGGCUUCUUCAAAGUAGAUGCAAAGCGCCGCAUUCUAGAUGCAGUCGAAGUCGACAAUCCACCCAUCACAAUAUUCAGCAAAGGCAUGUGGCUAGAUGUCCCUCGUCGUGCGCUACAAAUCCUCGAGUCCAGACGCUUGAACAUGGCAGGAGCCAUCCACGCCGCCGAACACGCACUGCUGUCCCUCAUGCCAAACUUUGUCAUCAGCAUGCCCGGCGACGUAAAAACCGAAUGCAAAAACGCACUCAAGGAGUUCCAAGCACGCGAAAACAGCCGCAAACGUCCCGCUCGCCUCACCUUCUACGAUGCCAAAGGUGGUGCAGCAGGGUCGGGUAUCAGCACCAAAGCCUUUGAAUUUGUAGAUCGCUUGUUGGUGCAGGCUUGCGAGCGAGUGGGCGCUUGCCACUGCGAUGAAGGAUGUUUGGAGUGUUGUUGCUCUGAGCAAUGCAAAGAGGCGAAUUCGGUGAUGAGUAAAGCUGGCGCGGAGGUUAUUCUGAAGAGCCUGUUGAAUAGGGAGAUUGAUGUUGAUGCGUUGCCUUGGGGUCCGGAGGAUGAGAGGCAGCCGGCUGGUGUGGAGACUGUGGUUUUCGCGAAUGAGGUUGCGCCUGGGCGAGGUAAGAGGUUUGGGGAUGUUAUUAUCAAGACGGAGGACGGUGAGGAGGAGGGUGUUACUGUCAUCAAGGAUGAACCCGAGGAUUGA